AUGACCUCUAUUUUACAAUUAGACUAAGAAUAUAAGAUGUUAUUUGAAUAAAUUAUGGGAAUGCUUGAUUAGUUAUCAUCCAUAAGUUUGGAAUUUGUAAGCUCCAAAUUAACUUUUCUAGAAAAAUAUUCAUAAACUUUAAAAAAUUCAUAAAUAGAUGCUAGACAACAUCGCAAUAAUUAAAUUAAAAAUUUGAUUGAAUAUGUCAAAAUGCAUCGUAAAUCAAAAGUUCGUUCAGCGAUACAUUCCCCAUCAAAUAGAACAUUUCAUCAUCAUCAUCAUAAUUCUUUAGAUAUGUAAGAUGUUCAAUUAAAAGAUAAUACAUCUCUAAUGCCAAAUUCUUUUGCUCCAUAAAAAAGUCUAAGUGACACUAAACUUGUACAUACUAAAACUAUUAAAAACCUGCUGUAAAAAAUGAUUACUAAAAAAAAUGAUUCCCCUUAAAAAAAUUCUACAGAUCCUUUAUUAAAAAUACUUGAAAAUGCAAUGUCUUUAUUGGAGACUCAUCAAUAAUUCUAUUAAGAAGAUUAUAAUUAAUUAAAAAAAGAAUAUGACGAAAUUUUAUAAAAUAAUCCAUAAUUUCUAGCUAAAUUAAGUUUACAGAAUAAAUCAAGUAAAAUUAAGGAAAACUUGAACUCUCUAAUUGAAACUUAAAAAUCAUUUAAAUCUUAUUUGAAUUCUAUAAUGUGA